AUGGUCAGCAUAACGGAAGGUGCACAGGCAUCUGUGAAGGGCAGCAGACCCCAUGGCACAGAGUACAGGGUCCACACUGGUGGUCAGCUCAUGUCUGCAGACCUUCAGGAGGUCAUGUUCACAGCUCUCAUAAAGGACAGACCCAAGUUUGUCCGCCUCUUUCUGGAGAAUGGCUUGAACCUGCGCAAGUUCCUCACCCACGACGUGCUCACCGAGCUCUUCUCCAGCCACUUCAGCACCCUUGUGUACCGGAACCUGCAGAUUGCCAAGAAUUCCUACAACGACGCCCUCCUCACCUUUGUCUGGAAACUGGUCGCAAACUUCCGGAGAGGCUUCCGGAAGGAAGACAGAAAUAGCAGGGAUGAUUUGGACGUAGAAUUCCACGAUGUGUCUCCUAUUACCCGGCACCCCCUGCAAGCACUGUUCAUCUGGGCCAUUCUUCAGAACAAGAAGGAACUCUCCAAAGUCAUAUGGGAACAGACCAGGGGCUGUACUCUGGCAGCCUUGGGGGCCAGCAAGCUCCUGAAGACUCUGGCCAAAGUGAAGAAUGAUAUCAAUGCUGCUGGGGAGUCUGAGGAGCUGGCGAAUGAGUAUGAGACCCGUGCCGUCG